UCUUUCAUCAAAUUCUGAUAUUUAUUAUGAUUUUGUUUUCAUUUUCACAAUUUAAUUAAAUUGUUCUUCUAAUUGUUAUGUUUAAAUUGAAUAUUGAUCAGUUUGGAUUAACAACAAAUUAAUUUCUAUGAUUAAUUAGAAUCAAUGGAUAAAUACUCGAAAAGUUAUGUUCCAUCCAUUGGAAGAACGUCGCUUUUCGAGGUUGGAUCAACCCCACCACCAGUCGCUCAUUCAGGUGCUUCUAUUUUGAAACGACCACUCAACUCAAGUUUACCUAAUGAUCAACCAUCGCUCCAACAGCAACAACAACAUGAAUCUAAAUCAUCUAAUAAGAGAAAUAAAUCUAACCAUUCAUCUAAACAAUCAUCAUCUUCAUCUUCAUCAUCCUCAUCAUUAACUCCUUCAUCUUUAAUCGCGGCUUCUGCUUCUACCAUGGGACUAGACUCUAUUCAUCAAGCUAAUCUCCUUCGCCAUCAUCGUUCUAAUCCUUACAAUCCCUCUUCUCAUCAACAACAAACAUUUGAUGCUUCAAGAUUUUCCCAAACUCAUUUGGCCUCAUCAUCGUCUGAGUUACCAAUUAAAUUGACCAAAUAUGAUGAUCAAAGUGUCAAAGGAAAAUCUAAACUUGUUAACCUUUCUUCAAAAAGCCAAAUUGAAUCUCCAAAACCUCAACAAUUGGAUGAGUGUGAGAAAGAUGUUCCCUUAAAUUUAUCUGUAAAAAGACCAAUGGAUAACGAUUCUCCCGCUGGAACUAGUGAAAACCAUAGAAUGGGAAAAUCAGCAUCUACAUCAGCAAAUUGUGAUGGAAAUCGAGACAAUUCAAGUAAUCAUCAGAGAAAGAAGGCAAAACGUCAACAACAAAUUUCUCUGCAACAACAACAACAACAUCAUCAACAACAGCAGCAGCAAUUAAUUCAACUACAACAGCAACAGCAAAAACAAUUACAACAACACCAUCAACAAUUACAAAUUCAACAUCUUCAACAACAAUCAAAAUCUUUAUUGUCAAAUCCGACAGAGAUAAUUACAAUUCCAAGUAUUCCUCAUGAUGGUAAACCUCGUAAACGAGGUCGACCUCCAAUUUUGUCUCCACCACCUGAACCAUCACGAUCUGAUGGAUCAUCAAUAACCGCAUCUUUGGCCGCUUCUCUUGCAAAUAGUUCUGGUCUUCAUCCCGCCGCGGCAGCUUCCCUUUUAGCAUCAGCUCAGGGUGCCUUAAGUCCUUUGGAAAUUUACAAAACCAUUUUAGCUCAGAAUUGUUUUCAAUCAAUGUUUUCGCCAGGAUCAUUGUUCCCCGGCCACCUUAACGGUGAUCCAUUAGGAGCACUCAAUCGUGCCAAUAGUUUAAACCUUAACAAUCAACUAACAAAAUCUCAUCAACAAAACAACAACACCAGUAACAAUAAUGGUAACGCCAGUAAUUCAAAAGUUAUCGUCUGUGAACCUGUUGAUGAUAAACGAAAGCGAGACUCUCUCAAAGGAGAUGGUUAUGAGGGAGAUUCUGAUUUAGCGGAUAAUGAAGACAUUGACUACGAAAUCCCAAAGGUGUUCAAUGAGGAAGAGCUUCGUAAACCAAUGAAGUUUGGGUGGCGAAGACAAACUCUUAUCCAGUGUAUCACAAAAUCUGGAAUCAGGGGAGAGGUUAUUUACUAUUCGCCGAGUGGAAAAAAGAUGAGAAAUAUUACUGAAAUUUGCCGGUAUUUGGUCAAAAAGAAUAUAACCACUGUGCAUAAAGAAGAUUUUAGCUUUGAUUCUCGUCCGAUCAUCGGAGAAUUCAUUGAGCAUUCAAAGGAAAAAGGAACUAGUUUCAAUCUUCUUUCGGAAAAUGAAGUCCGAGUUCGUUUGGAGGACAACAAAAGACGUCAAGGUCAAGAAGGUGGACGAAGUGAUGUAGACGACGCUAUUUCUGAUAUUGAAGCAAGUGCUGUUUCUAAACCAACAAGAACUGCAAGUCCCAGGCCAUUUAAACGAGAUACUCCUUUUUACAAUGAUCAAAAGCCGAAAGAGCAACAAACACGAGUUACAAUCGAAGAGAUUGAAACUCUUCGAGAUGAUAUGUUCAAAAGAUAUCAGGAAUCAAAGGAAAGCAGUGAAAGGCGAUAUCAAGCUCCGAUGUUUCCUGAAUCUGAUUUUUAUAAGAAAAAAGAUCUUGAAAUGGUCGCCGAAAUUGAAAGAGAACGUCGCAAGCAACACAUGAUGCUAGUCCGUGCUCUUGACAAUCAUAAAAAGUUUGAAGAGAGGGAAAGACGAAGUCGACAAGAAAUUGCCGAGAAAAGAGCUAUCAUGGAAAAGAAAUUUCAAAAAAGAAAAGCUGAAAUCGAAAUUCAAAAGGAAUUGAAACGUUCAGUCGAAGACAUGGUGCUCAAAAAUUCUAAGGCUCUUCCAACAUUGAAUCGAAUCCCUGGACUCAAAUUACCUUCACGAGUUUUCGCUGAUUGUUUAAUGUUUUAUGAAUUUUUACAUAAUUUCGGUGAAACCCUCGGGUUCGACAUGGAAAGUUUACCCUCAAUCAACAAUCUACAAAAAGCUCUUUUGAAUUUAGAUGAUUCAGCUGAAAAAGAAAUUGUUUCAACUCUUCAUCAACUUCUAGUUUGUGCCAUUGAUGACCCUGGAAUCCCGUGUAAUAUCAGCACCGUUAUGGGUCAAAAACUUAAAGACGCGCCCAUAACCGAUUUCAACCUUUCUGAAAUAUUGAAACUUUAUUUCCAAUCAUUUUCAAACGUGCAUUCAGAUUCAUCUGAUGAAGAAUACUUACCCACCACUUUAUACGAAGUUCUCAAAUCUGGAAAGCCAUUUUUAUCUCUCAAUGCCGCCCAAAAGAUGGAUAUUUUAAGUUUCAUUUGUAAUGAACUUGUCAACAAUCAAGCUAUUGUUCGACAAAUUGAACAAACUGUCGAGAAUCUUAUUAUUCUCCGCCGUGAAAAGUGGGUUCUUGGUUGUGAACUUAGAAAGUACAAAGCAAUCAAACUGAGGAGAGAAAAGGCCACAAGUGAAGAAGCUGGAGAAGCAUUGAAAAAAUUUGAUAAGACUGAAAUUGAUGCUGGUCUUUUGGAUGACAGUGGUGAUAGUGAUGCAGAUGAUAAUAUAAUCAUCACUGUACAUGAAACUGAUGAAGAAGCGACUAUCACCAACGAGGAAUUGGACAAAAAGCUAGAUAAAUUAGCAAAACAAUGUGCACAAAUGAAUAUUAAACUGACAAAUGCCAUGCAAUGUAUGAGAGUAGUGCCACUUGGUCAAGAUCGAUAUCGUCGCAGAUUUUGGGUGUUACCAGCCUCUGGUGGAAUAUUUAUCGAAGGUUUAGAGUCUGGCCAUAGAGAUAAUCUUUAUAUGGAAGAUAGUGAUGAGGAAGAGGAAGAAUCAUCCGAAACGGAGGAAGAAAGUGAAGACAUUGAAUCUGAAAAGAAGAACAAAAGUGAGGAAGAUAUCGACAUGGAAAAAGAUCAGGAGAAAGCUGAUGAAUCCAUGGAUGAUGAACAAUCAAAAAACGAAGUGAGAGGUGGAGUUAAACCCGAAAUUAAGGAUGAAAUUAAAGAAAAACCAGAAGAGAAAAGGGGAAAGAAAAAGACUAGACGAAUUCAAGAAAAUGGUGAAAAAGAUCUUAAAGAAAAGCCCACGCCAGAAGAUUCUACCGUCAAGGGGGAGAAUGUUUCUGAUGUGGAGAUGAAAGAAGAAUCGGAUGAAACCGAUGAGAACAAAACCAAGGAAGAAAAUGAAGAUGAUACAGAGAUGAUGGAAAACAAAGAUAAUAUCGAAGUGGUCGAUCUAAAAGAGCUGAAAAAGGAAAAGUCUGGACGAGUUAAACUAGAAAAUCUCGGUAAACAUUCACUUUCCCCUGAGGUAACGAUUGAAUUGAAAGGGAUGGUUCCUGACGAGAAACCAAGUAAUCGCGAGACAACGGUUACUAUUCAGCCCGUUUCCGCUCCUUUGAAAUCUUUGCCUAAAGAAGAAAUUAAAUGUGAUAUGGAAAUUGCUGGUAUUAAUACAAUUCGACAACCUUUGGGUAACAACAGUGAUGGAACAUGGAUCUCACCAGUAACCGAUGGUUUUCCAAGAUCAUCAUUAUUUGAUUCUAAAAUGGGCCCUUCCAAUUCAAGUGACUUUAAUUCUCGAAACAGUUUCCUGGAUGCUUCAGGUUUCCCUUUUGAAAGUGUUAGUCCUGAACGAUCUUGGUUCAAUGUUGUCCCUCGAAUCCCUUGUAAUGAUACAACUAUAACUAUCUGUCCAGUUCCAAGUGUAACAGGUACUUCAUCCUCCUCACCUUCAGCUCUCGAUAACCAGUCAACCUCUAAAGUAAAUGAAUCUGGGGAAGAGUCUGAUAAAUCUCUCAUUUCACCUGAAAAUUCAUCAUCACCAACAAAACCUUCUCAAAAUGUAUUCAUGGAAACUUUUGUAUAUCCUCAUUUAUCUGGAUCUCUAUUUUCUCAAAACUCCACCAAUGCCACGAAUGGUGCUAAAUCCGAGGCUAACUCAUCAAUUAAUGAUCUUCAAUCUUCAUCUCAACAUCAAACUUCCUCAUUGACCAAUGGUGACAUCGAUAUGUCCGUUGUUAAUCCUUCCCUCCUCACAGGACCCGAAUUUGAAAUUGAUCCAGAAUUAUUAAAGAAAUUGGAACAACAUAAAAAACAACAACAUCGUAAACCUAAAAGAAUCCCUGAAGAGUUUCAACGAGGCUGGUGGAUCAUAACGGACAUUGGUCAGAUCAGAUCAAUAAUUGAAACUCUUAAUGAAAGAGGAUUCAGGGAAAAACAUUUAAAGAAACAAUUGACCAAAUAUUUAACUUAUGUUUCUACAAACUAUAAAGCUGCAAUAACGGAAUUCGAUAUCUGUGAUCUUGAUCGUAAAGUAUCUCAAGAAUCUCCCUUCGGUGUUCCUGAACCAAUCGAAGAUGAUAUUUGGUGCAAAGAAGUUGCCCUGCGUUUGGAUAUUGCCGUUUUAGAGCAAAUCGAAGCCUUAGAGGAAAAGAUUGCGAGCUCUAGCAUGCAAAUUCGUGGCUGGAGACCAACGUCAAAAUUGUCAACAGAUUCUAAUGUUAAAUUUGAAUUAUCACCAUUAUAUGAAAUGGUCGAUGAAGAAGAUGAAGAUGGUGAUGAGAAACAAAAACCAAGUACAAAAAGUGAUGACCAACCAGCACCAAAAGAGACGAAAAAUAAAAAGAAAGUAUUUGAUCCCGUUGUCUCAGGACGCUCACGAUUAUUGGCCACCGAAGCUGGUAUUGAAAGGAGAUACCUCAAACCUCCUUUGGGUUUCAAAGCAAACACAAUACUUGUUGCCUCAGCGAACAGUAAUGGCGAUGAAUAUGCUGAUAAUGCCGCUGACGAAAAUGCUCCCACUGGUCUAGUUCGUUGGCGUGAAGCUGUUCGAGAAUGUAGAAGUGGUUCUCAAAUAGCUUUGUUACUUCAUUUUCUAGAGUCAUGUAUCGCUUGGGAUAAAUCAAUCAUGAGAGCGAGCUGCCAAUUCUGUAGUGGCGGAGAAAAUGAAGCUCAGCUACUUCUCUGUGAUGGUUGUGACAAAGGUUAUCAUAUGUAUUGUUUUAAACCUAAAAUGGAAAAUGUUCCGGAUGGAGAUUGGUUCUGUUAUGAAUGUCAAAAUAAAAAUACAAUUGACAAAGUUUGCAUAAUUUGUGGUAAGAAAGGAAAACUAAUUAACUGUGAUACUUGUCCAAAAGUUUUUCAUCCCAAUUGUUUGGAUCCUCCUGUUACUAAACCGCCUAAAGGAAGAUGGUGCUGUAAUAUGUGUAAUCGUAAACCAAAGAAGAUCAUCAAAGGUCGUAAAACGAUGACAUCUCUCAACGCUGCGGCAACUUCAGCGAUUGACGAGGCUCCCAAGAAAGAUUCAUCAUCUAAUAAUAAGUCAACGUCAUCAACUUCAACACCUAAAGAAGAAACAACAACAAAAAAGUCUAAACCAACGAAACGAUCAAAAAAGGAGGUAAAAUCAUCUCAACAAUCAUCAUCAUCAUCAACGGGAAACACAACAGCAGCAAAUGAUUCAACCACGAGCGCAACAACAACAACGCCAAAGGAAACUAAGAAAGAGAAAAAAGCUAAACAAAAAAGUGAGGAAAGCAAAGAGAUGGUAAUAUGUGAAAAUUUAUUAAAAGACUUGACAGCUCAUGAAGAUUGCUGGCCUUUCUUAUUUCCGGUCAAUACGAAACAAUUUCCGACUUACAAAAAGAUUAUUAAAAAACCUAUGGACUUUGAGACAAUCAAGAGCAAUUUGAAGGCAGGAGGGUACAAAAACAAAAGCGAGUUCAUAAUUGAUUGUCGCCUAGUUUUCGAUAAUUGUGAAACUUUCAACGAAGAUGAAUCACCUGUUGGGAUCGCAGGUCACAAUAUGAAACGAUUUAUGGAUAAAAGAUGGAGAGAACUGGGAGGAGAAAAUUAAUUACCAUUUAAUCAAGAGCAAUUUAAAUUUUUGGUGUGUGCGUGUGUUAUUUUUCACGGGAAAAUCUACAAAGACAACUUAUUCGCAUUAAUCAACACACAACAUCAUUUACUAAAUCAUUUCAAACAAAUUUAAAGCAACAAAAAACUAAUCUAUUUCUAGAUCAUGUAAAGGUUCAAAUGAUUCAGGGAAAUUGUAUCUCGUCAUCUUGUAUUUUGUUUUUGUUUUUUUUUGUAAAAUUCUCAUUAUUAUUUCGGAAGCUCAUGUAUACUUACUGAAUAUUUACUUUCCUUUUCCUCUUAUCCAUCUUGCAAUUUCUUGAUUAAUGUUGUUAUCCUUUCGUUUUCUCUAUAUCUUGGUCCUCUUUCUCCUUGCAAAUUUCCCACCUUCCAAAUCUCAUGGAAUUGACCUCAUUUUUGCUCCUCUUACCGAAAAAACACCGAGAAAAACUCCGUUUAAUAUUCAUCUACGAUCACCUGUAAAAAAAACUCAUUUUAUCUAUUCUAUGUAUAUAAUAGUUUACAUUCCUUUCCUAAAUUCAAUUAAAAACAAUGAUCUGUUCAAAGAA